UACUUUAAGUUUUUGAUUUCUCUAAAAUUUUCCUACACUAAUUUUGUUACCAAGUUUUUAUAAAAUGGAGGAGCGUCCCACUCAAUCUUAUCCAUCUGCUGUCUCGGAUUCCCAAACUUCGCCUCAUGCACCUGAUGACUUAAAUUUGCAAACGACUUCUGCAUCCUUUGGCCCCGCAUCUUUAUACGUUGGAGAUUUGGCUCCGUCUGUAACGGAGGCACGCUUAUAUGAAAUUUUUAACGCUGUUGGCCCUGUUGCUUCCAUUCGAGUAUGUCGUGAUUUAAACACAAGGCGCUCUUUAGGUUAUGCCUACGUAAAUUAUCGGAAUGCCGUGGAUGCGGAGAGAGCAUUAGACACUAUGAAUUUUACAGUCAUUAACGGGCGGCCUUGCCGGGUCAUGUGGUCUCAACGGGAUCCCACUAUCCGAAAGACCGGGAGAGGGAAUGUUUUUGUUAAGAACCUGAGCAAAAAUAUCGAUAAUAAGGCGUUAGCCGACACUUUUAGUAUGUUUGGCAACAUCUUAUCUUGUAAAGUGGUUGAAUUUGAAAACGGAUCUGGUGGCUUUGGCUACGUGCAUUUUGAAACUGAAGAGGCCUCUAAAGCCGCUAUACAAAAUGUUAAUGGAAAAAUUUUGGAUGGGCAGAAAGUUUGUGUGGAACCGUUUCUUUCUAAGCAAGAAAGGGGUUUAGCCGAAGAUGAGCCACCCAAAUUUAAUAAUCUAUAUAUUAAGAAUAUUCCCGAGCAUAUAACUGCUGAAGGUUUGAAAAAAGAAUUUGAAAAGUUUGGGAUGGUGGGCAGCUGUGUUGUAAUGACAAAUGAGGAAGGUCGCUCGAAAAAGUUUGGUUUUGUUUGUUUUGAGGAUCCCGAAGAUGCUAAAAAAGCCUUAAAAGAUUCUGCCGGAUUAGAAAUUGACGGGGCUAAAGUUGCGGUGAGUAGGGCUCAAAGGAAGCGUGAACGCACAGCCAUCUUACGCCAGAAAUACGAACAAGAGCGAAAUCUUAAAGUGCAAGGCAAUAACGUUUACGUGAAGAAUUUAAGCGAAAGUGUUGACGACACCCAGCUGGAAGAGCUUUUUUCUCCGUACGGAGUUAUUACUAGUGCGAAGGUUAUGAAAGAUUCCAAAGGAGGCUCGCGCUGUUUUGGUUUUGUCUGCUUUUCCAAACCGGAAGAAGCAGCGAGCGCUAUAGUAGCUCUUCAAGGCUUGUACAAGGAUGGCAAACCACUCUACGUGGCCCUCGCUCAAAAAAAAGAGGAGCGUCUUGCCCAUCUCUCUAUUCAGCACCUGCAGCGGCAGGGUAACUUACGCAUGGCUAGCCCAGCGGCCGUCUAUCCCGUACAAGGCGUCCCGCUAUUGCCAAGACCCGGUAUUAUUGGUGGACCUUUACCCUACAAAAGUCCUCGCUGGGGCGGUCCAAUGAUAAAGCCAGCUUUCCAGUACGUUAGUCCUCCUGGUUUUGUGGGGGUGCUUUCACCGCGCCCCGCAUCUCUAAAUGGUCUGGUGCUUCCAGCCCACCAGUCGUUUCAGCAGCAACCCUUAAAAGGAUCGCGAAACCAAACUCGCGCUUCUCGAUUCGGGCAGCGCUCUCGCCCCAGCAAGAUACCUUCUUCCAAAAGUACGGAGUCGGUAUCUAAUGCUGCCAGUCCUAAAAGAAUUCCGAACGGAGCUUAUGAGAAGGCGCCACCUACUCCCGAGUUGACUCUGGAGUAUUUAUCUUUACACUCUCCCACUACCCAAAAACAGUCUAUUGGCGAUCGGCUGUACCCCUUGGUAUCACAGUUAAGCUCCCCUGGCUAUGCCAGGCAAAUAACUGGAAUGCUUCUGGACAUGGACAAUACAGAACUUUUGCAUCUUUUGGAAUCUCCAGAAGCGUUAAAAGAACAAGUUGAUAAUGCAUACAAGGUGCUUGAAGCACAUAGAAACCGAGAAAAGGAAAGCAGUACUACCCCAUUUGAAUUGAGCGCUAUGUUUUAAUGUUAUUUGGAAAAAAUCGAUUAGUGGUAAUAAAGGUUUUUUU